CGGCCGGCUCGCGGAAAGCCCAGAGCGCUCGCCCCCGCCCUCCUCCUCCACUCCCCCCACCCAGCGGCGCGCGCUCCCGGGCACCCACUAGGGCGCUCAGCAGCCGCGCCUCCCCUCCACUCUCCUCCCCCUCCUCCCCCGGCUGCGGCGGGCGAGGACAAGUCUAGGGACAUAAAUAAAUAAAUAAUUCCGUUCACCCGGUGACAGCGAGGCGAACCGGCUGCGGCGGGGGGACGGAACGGACUGCUGCAGCACCCACCCCGUGCCAGACACCGGGUAAAACAGGAGUUAGAUGGAGGAAGAUAGUGGUGAAGAACACUUCAAGUGGAAGAAAUAGCAGAUGUGCUAUGCCGUGGUGAAACAUCUGGAUGGCUCAAGAACUACAGAUAUUUUACUGCUACAACUACAACACAUUCUUGCAGAUUAAUCAACCCAUAUUGAUUUCUAGAAGAUAAGGCAAGGCUUGGGGCUUAAGCACAUUCCACCACAUAAUCCAGAGUCUGCUCUACCUCUCUCCCUUUGCAUUGCCCUCAUAUAUCACUUCAAGGAAUAGUGACUAGACUUAAAAUUCCACGGAUAAUCCAAAAAAAUCUGUUCAAGUUGGCAUCUACCAACAGGUUACUUGAAUCUCGACUAGAGGUGCAGGAAUGCCACCACCAGUAGGUCCCCCUCUACACCCACCUCCUGAUGGAGGCUGGGGCUGGGUGGUGGUUGGCGCAUCCUUUAUCUCCAUUGGAUUUUCAUACGCAUUCCCCAAAGCUGUCACAGUAUUCUUCAAAGAAAUUCAGCAAAUCUUCAACACUAGCUACAGUGAAAUAGCCUGGAUAUCAUCCAUUAUGCUGGCUGUUAUGUAUGCAGGAGGUCCCAUAAGUAGUGUUCUGGUGAAUAAAUAUGGUAGCCGACCAGUGGUGAUGGUAGGAGGUUUAUUAUGCUGUUUGGGAAUGGUCACAGCCUCUUUUAGUACCAGUGUAAUAGAGCUUUACCUCACUAUGGGAUUCAUUUGUGGUUUAGGUCUAGCCUUCAACCUGCAACCUGCCCUAACAAUCAUUGGCAAAUACUUCUAUAAGAAACGACCCGUGGCUAAUGGCCUCGCCAUGGCAGGAAGUCCUGUUUUCUUAAGCACAUUGGCUCCUUUCAAUCAGUACCUUUUUAAUACUUUUGGCUGGAAAGGAAGCUUCUUGAUUUUGGGAGGUAUACUGUUGAAUGCCUGUGUGGCUGGGUCCCUCAUGAGACCCGUUGAACCCAAACAAGUUACCAAUAAGUCUAAAAAUAAGAUUGGCAUAAGAGUGGAUGAUAUAGGUGUGAAGAAAAACCAGAAGAAUAAAUCAGCAUGGGAAAAAGUUAAUACAUAUUUAGAUUUCUCCCUUUUUAAGCAUAGGGGAUUUCUGAUAUACUUAUCCGGAAAUGUCAUUAUGUUUCUAGGGUUUUUUGCCCCCAUUAUAUUCUUGGCUCCAUAUGCUAAAGACAAAGGAAUUGAUGAGUAUUCUGCAGCUUUCUUGCUGUCCAUUAUGGCUUUUGUUGACAUGUUUGCUAGACCUGCUGGAGGACUCAUUGCAAACUCCAAACUUAUCCGCCCCCGAAUCCAGUACUUCUUCAGUUUUGCCGUCAUGUUCAAUGGAGUGUGUCAUCUCUUGUGCCCAUUGGCAGAGGACUAUACAAGCCUGGUGUUAUAUGCUAUAUUUUUUGGUCUUGGAUUUGGGAGUGUUAGCAGUGUCCUCUUUGAAACUCUCAUGGACCUGGUUGGCCCUCAAAGGUUUUCCAGUGCUGUAGGACUUGUCACAGUGGUGGAGUGUUGCCCCGUUCUUCUUGGUCCUCCUCUUGCUGGUAAAUUGGUGGAUCAAACUGGACAGUAUAAAUACAUGUAUCUAGCCUGUGGAGCUAUUGUGCUCCUCUCAAGCCUUUGGCUGCUCAUCGGCAACGCUAUAAACUACAGACUGCUUGCAAAGGAAAGGGAGGAAGAAGCAAGGAAUAAGAACCUGCAUGCACCCGAGUCCAGAGAGUCUGAACCCUUGAACAAAUCUAAACAUGAUGAUGUUAACGUCAAAAGUACAAGAACAGAGAAUAAUUCUUCAGAGAGAGAAACUAAUAUUUAACAAGAAUCCCAUCUCUGAUUUCAGUGUUUAUGACUUUCUUAGGAGUAUUUUUUUUUUUUUCCAAAAUAUCGGGAAACUCUUUCCUUGAAAUGAGGAGUCAUACUGAGGGAUGGAGAUGAGAUUUUCCUCACUGGCAAAUUUUUAUAAGUUUGUUUUUUAACACUUGUUUGGAUAGUUCAAUUUUGAGAUUAUGCCUAUAAAGAAUCCAUGCAAUGGGUUUAUUUCCAUACGUGACUCUGGCUGUCAUGGUUAAAAUAGUUUUCAAGUCUUCCAGGGACUUCCAGUCUUGGUUAUAGAGAUCUGAAUCCCAAACCCCUUGCUUAAGCACUUAGAAGGUGUAUGUUUAAUCCUACAAGAAUAGCCUGUCCAAAUUUCAUUUUUUAGUGUUAAAUGGAAUUGAAGGAAAAUGAAUUUUCUUCUAGUGUGCACACGCACACACACACACUCACCUGUAUGUACACACGUGCACAGAGUAUCCAGCGAACAAAAGACAAGUAAGUUCAAAAAGAAUAUCAUCACUUUUUUAACUUUCAAAAUAAAUCCAUGGAGAAUGAAGAAAUGUAUUAUAUCUGCAUACUACUUUACAAUGUGAAUUUUAAAGAUAAGAACAUGGGUGAAAAUAAGAAUGAUCUUAAUUUGAAAAUGCAACUAGCUGCUUAAAAAAAGGUAUUUGCAUGUAUAAAAUAAAUUUGAAGAAAAAAAAAUUCCUCCAUUUUAAACUAUUAUUUUUAAGCACUGUUAGAUUUGAUUAAUCCAUGCACAUGAUUUCUUUGAGGACGGUCAUUAGUACCUGGUGCUAGAGAAUAGAAGUCUCAAAUAAUUUUCAGAAUUCUUACUUAACAUAUAAAUCAAAUUAAAAGCCUAAGUGACUCCUCACAAUGAGCUGUGUUCAUUGAUUUUAAAAGGAUUUUAGUUACUAAUCCAGAAAAUAAUAACCAGAGAUUUCUUUUAAUCAGAGCUCAGUCUAGACUCACUGUCACACUGAGACUUAAAAAUGGAAUUUACCAGAAUCCUGGUUGACAGGCUGACAAAUAGGCCAAAUUCUAAUUAUUCCCAACACAUACAGUGAUCAGAGGAUUACUGUUAUGAGUGAUCUGAGUAAAGCUGACUAUGAGUGAGAGGUGCUUAUACCGAGCCCUCUAAAUUCUGUCAUCUCUCGUCCCUCCCUAAAAUGCAAACGCAAAACACAGAAACCCAAACCGGCCUUUCACUUGGCCACUGAAAUUCCUCGUGCUGUAGGACUGGCAGCUCUUCAAAAUCCCACCUCCUCCUGAUGAGACUUCCUGCUGCCUGGGAGCAUAACCGGGAGACUGUUAGAUAACAAAAGGUUUCUAGAACUGGAGGCUGCACGUAACUCAGUAUAUAUACUCGGGAAGGGUAGGCAUAGUUUAUCACACCAUAGCAAGAAGCCUGCAACAUUGUUGGCCAGUUUAAUUUAGCAGUUUCUCACUUUCAUAACGAUUUAGCAUCUGAGAUUUAAUAUCUGAGAAUCUGAAUCACCCUUGAAUAUUCAGGCAUAUGAUAGUUACUGUGCACUCAGAACUAUAAAUACUGGUUAGAGUAAUACAGUGCUUUUAAACAAGAAAAAAUGUGUGCCUUAUGGCUAAAGUUAUAAGUAUUUACAUCAGCAAAUCUGAAGUUUAAAUUAAGAGUAUGAUUAAUGAAAAACAUUUAGUGCUUGAUUAUUGAAGUGAUGUUACUCUUCAGAUGUCAAAAGGAAUUUGCUGUUCAUUUUUUUUUUUUUUAAUUGCAGUGGAGGCAGGUGCUAUCUUAUUUCUUGUAAGAUUACACCUGGACACCAAGAUUUUAUGAUAAUUAACAUUAAGGAUUUGAUUUGUAAAAUUUAUGCACUGGUUAAGCAUGUGGCUCAUACUUAAGAAGCUAUAUAAAAUCCCAUAUUUCAUUUAGCAUUCAUUUUGUUUGCAGAUGAAGAGGAAUUUGUAUUUUUUAAAUAUUAAAUGAAACAACUUGUGCCAAUACCAUAGGCAAAUAAAUCAGGCAAAAUGUGGCGGUGUAUGGCUGUUUUUAAUUUAGUUCUGCCCAGUCUUGAGUCUUCAAGGAGCUACUUUCAUAUUGCUGGUGCUUUUGUAUUCAACUCUGACUCGUCAUAAGAAAUGCAACAUCAUAAAUUGUGUAGUAGCUCUCCGGUCUUAAACAUUUACAAAAAAUGUCUUCAAUUCUCCGAGGAAACAUAUUUAAAUUAAUAUGCAUAUCAGAUCCCAGGGGAAAAUAAACAGCAAAGUAGUGAUAGUGAGGUAUUGGGCCCAAGGCUUUAGUCCUUUUUGUCACUUGCUGGUAGAGACAAGCUCGUUGGUGCAUUCCAGCGCCUUCCUCCAUGGAAGGAGGUUUAUUUACUUACUGAUGAGGUUUUGUCAGGUCAAAACCAAUUCUUGUUUGUUCUGUUUGUCUUUGGUCACCUUCAUUAACUUUUCCUUUCUGACACUGUGUAUUAAAUUGUUAAAAAAGAAAGGGAAGUAAAAUUGCACAUUAAAAGCACAUGAUAUGUAUAUCGCCAUGCCUCUCAACAGCUCUACACAAA